AUCUUGGGGCACGGCGAUAAUGUAGGGAAGUGGGGAGGAGACUAAUUGCUUGGAGAUGUGUGAGAUAUUAAGAUAGGAUGGUGCCCAGGUUGCUUUCUGAGGUUGAAGAGCACCGUCGAGACGACUUGGAGACCAUAGCCACCAGGCAGUGAAAGUUUCGAAUACUCAAUAUGGCGAAUGUUUCGUUCUUCAAGAAUUACAGAGUUUAUCUCCUAACCAGUGUUGCCUACAUGGGCUCACUGCUGUUUGGUUUCGACACUGGUGUUAUGGGUUCUGUUCUGGCUUUGACCAGCUUCAAAAAAGACUUUGGUCUGCCAGAAGGCUCGUCUGGAUUUGCCAGCUCCAAAAAUGCCAAAAUCUCCUCCAACGUCGUCUCAUUGCUUACCGCCGGCUGUUUCUUUGGUGCCAUUGCCGCUGCCUUCCUCAAUGACCGCUUCGGUCGUCGAUACUCCCUCAUGGGAUUCUCACUCAUCUUCCUCGUCGGUGCCGCUGUCCAAACCUCAGCACACCACGAAAUCGGUCAGAUCUACGCAGGAAGAGUCAUUGCUGGUUUAGGUAUUGGUGGCAUGAGUUCCAUCACCCCUGUCUUUGUCGCCGAGAACUGUCCACCAGCAGUCCGAGGUCGAAUUACUGGUCUCUUCCAAGAAUUCCUGGUCAUCGGAUCAACAUUCGCAUAUUGGCUGAACUAUGGAGUUGCGCUUCAUAUCAAGCCUUCUACCAAGCAAUGGAGAAUACCCGUUGCUAUCCAACUCAUUCCUGGUGGAUUCCUUCUUAUUGGUCUCUUCUUCUUGAAGGAGUCUCCAAGAUGGCUCAUGAAGCAGGGACGUUACGAAGAAGCUACGAACUCUUUGGCAUACAUGAGACGAGAGGAUCCCAAUGAUCCAGAUAUUGUCAAGGAGAUUGCUGAGAUUAGAGCUUCGAUUGAUGAGGAGCUUCAGGCUACUGAAGGCGUGACGUGGAAGGAGUGUAUCGCUCCUGCGAAUAGAAAGAGGUUCUUCUUGGGUUUCUGCAUCAUGUUCUGGCAACAAUUCUCUGGCACAAACAGUAUUGGCUACUACGCACCACAAAUCUUCCAAACAGUCGGCGUAUCCAAAACCGACAGUUCCCUCUUCGCAACCGGCGUCUACGGCACCGUGAAAGUGAUCACAACAGGUAUCUUCCUCAUAAUCGGCAUUGACAAGCUCGGACGCCGCAAAUCACUGCUCUUCGGUGCCGCCUGGAUGAUGACCAUGAUGUUCAUCAUCGGCGCCGUCCUGCACACCCACCCUCCCACUAACGUCAACACCGUCAGUCCAGCCAGCAUCGCGAUGGUGGUCAUGAUUUAUCUGUACGUGAUCGGGUAUUCAGCUAGUUGGGGGCCCAUUCCGUGGGUUUACCUCAGUGAGAUCUUCCCCACCAGGUUGAGGAGUUAUGGUGUCGGCAUGGGGGCUGCUACGCAAUGGCUUUUCAACUUCGUCAUCACAGAAGUCACACCAAAUGCCGUGGCGCACAUCGGCUGGCGCACGUUCCUAAUGUUCGGCAUCUUCUGCCUGAGCAUGGGCGUCUGGGUCUUCUUCUUCAUCAAGGAGACCAAGGGGCGGUCGUUGGAGGAUAUGGAUAUCCUGUUCGGCAGCGUGGAUGAGACGAGAAGGAAGGAGGAUGUGGAGAAGAUUGUGCAUAAGACGUAUGGGUUGGAGGAUGAGGAGGAUAAGGGGACUAGUGUUCGGUUGGAGGAUGUUAGGAGUUAGGAGGUAGUUGAAUGAGAUGAUGUUU